CGGCCGCACAGGAACUUCUCUGAGCUGCGGGAGUAGUGGCCGUGACGGCGGAGCUCGGGCGAUUCCAUUGAUUUUUAUGCUGUUGUCGCACCUUUCACUUGCAUUUAAUGAUAGUUAUGGAUUCCACAACGAAUGCAAGCGUCAACUGUGGUGUCAGGCGUAAACACAAGACCAUAUCUCUGCAAGAUAAGGUAGAUUUGUUGAGAGACCUCGACUCUGGUGUUUCGGUACGGCAAUUAUGUAAGACUUACGGUAUAGGUUCCUCGACUGUGUAUGAUAUAAAGAAGAAGAGGGAAGAAAUCAUAAAAUUCAUAAAAAACUGCGAUUCCGAGAAGCAAACCAACACCAGGAAGACCAUGAAAGCAGGUAAAAGCACAGAAAUCGACCGAGUCUUAGUCGAAUGGUAUCGCAAGUGCCGAAGCGAAGGGGUCAAGUUGACUUGCAAUAUGAUCAUGGAGCAGGCUAAGAUAUUCCACAGAGAUCUCAAAUUACAAGGUGAGCAUGAAUACGGCGAAGGGUGGUUACAGAGGUUUAAGAAACGCCAUGGCAUUUGUAUGGCUAAAGGGUGUGGAGAGAAAAAGGCCUCAACCCACACGGGAGCUGCUGAGGACCUGGUUCUUGGAGAUUUUGAUGCCGACGAGAGGGAAGAGAACGCUUUCUUAUCUUAUUUUAACGCAGGGAGGACCCAGGCCGUGGAGGAUGAAAUUCUGGAUAUGGUGCUGAAGGAGGUGGAAAGUGAUAAAAGGGAUGACAGCGACUGUGAAGACAUAACUGAAAUACUCUCAGUUGAAAAAUUGAUCAAGUUGACAGAUGAACUCAUUGAUGGAUUAGACCACUGUGACUUCAUGCCCAAGCAAGAAAUAAUUGUAUUUCAUCUUCUGCAUGACAGACUACACAGGGAAAGAACAAAGUGCUUAAAGCAGCUUGGCCUAAGUUCAACAUCAAAGAAGAUGAAAGAUUCCGAGAACAGCUUGAGCAACAAGAGAAAGACAAACGAGGAUGAAUCUUCAAUUGCAAGACCCACCGAGCAGCACUGUGUCAAGGAAGGAAUGAAAUCAGUGCACAAGACAACGCAGGCUACGUCACCUUCUGCCUCUGUCCGCCACUUUCCACAUGAUGACCACAUAGCAGUCACAGUAGCUGGCCCAAAUUCACAUCAUAUCCAGCACAGUGAUCACCAUACUCUAAUCCUGAAGCGUCUUCUAGAAGACGAAACCUUUGCUGAUGUGACGCUAACAGCUGAAGGACAGUCAUUAAAGGCACACAAGGCAGUGUUGUCAGCCAUGAGCCCUUACUUCAAAAAAGUGUUGCAACAGAACCCAAGUCCUCACCCUGUCAUCAUCAUGCCUCUUGACAUGUCGUUUAAGGAUCUCCAAGGAAUUAUAAAUUAUAUUUACAUGGGUGAGAUGCUAAUGCUGACUGAAGAUUCAUCCUCACUCUUGAAGGCUGCUAAGAUUCUUCAGAUUUCUGGCUUAAUCACCUUAGGUGUAAAAGAUGAGCCUCUAUCAUUUAGUGAUGCACAGUCGGCACAUCCAGACAAUGGUGAUUUAGCCAUAUCAAUCGAAAAUAACCAAUCUAGUGGAAUGAGUUUGGGUACAAGUGGUAAUGAGGAUGUUGAUAAGUUGCAGUCUUUCAAUGAAACUAGAAUAAAUACAGUAUCAUCAUCAUCUGACUUUGAAAACCUGCCACAGGCUAAAUGGCAGGAACACAUGCACAAAGAGUCAGUCUAUUCAGUGCCUGCUAUGGAGGCUGCUGAUCCAUUAGAUAUUAAUAACCAGGAGAUACUUGAAGAUGCUGCUCUAUCUUCAAAGGCCAGUCACAGAUGCUCGCUAAUGACAGAUGUUUUGGUGCUUUUACCCGAUCAGGAUGACCUUUCAAGGGACACGGAGUAUGAAUAUAGUACAAAAAGAGAGGCAUGGAAUGACUUUGGGAUUCAUUAUCUUGAGAGCGAUUGCACUUUCAACCACGAUCGAGUUAUAUCCGAAGGACAGCCGUGUGAGACACAAAGGAGCAUGGAAGUUAAGGAAGAGUUAAUUGAAUAAACAGCAAGAAAU